AUGUUGCAGUCCCUGGAAAAUACGACAUCUUUAAAUCGCUCUAAUACUUCUCUAACUACUCUACACACAUCUACAACAUCCUCGCCAGCUACUGUCACCUCCUCGUCCUCAGCCUCGGCGGAUAAAGAAGAAAAAUCCCAAAGAAGACGUUCCACAUUUUAUGUACCACUGGUCAUUGAAGACGACGACGAAGAUAAUACAGACGAAGGGGAUAAGAAGAGAUCCUCCUGCUCUUCGACAUCUGGUAGCCUAAGCAGCCUUAUUGGAGCAACUAGUCACAGCAAGGAUUUAAAAAAUUCCAGCAACAUUAAUCUCAAAAAGUCCACGACGAGCCUUUUUAAAGGCUCCUCCAGCCGUAACAGCGGUGGUAGUGGUGGUGGAGGUUCACCACGCAGCAGCUCCACCUCCGUUAAGGUAACCACACUACUUUUUGAAAGGGCCAAUAGUACCUUGGGUUUUAGUACCACCUCUUCGAAUUCCUCUACAGCCUCCUCGGGCUAUCGUAGUGGUAGCGGAGGGGGUCGCAAGGGGUCAUCCACCAAGAAAAUGGCACCACCAUGCGGUUUCAAUUGGAGUCUAAGUGGAGUUACUGAUGAUUUAUCGGCCGAUUUGGAUGAUGAUAGUGAUGCAGCGGAAUUUAUUAUAGCCAUGAAUAAAAAUAAAAUAACAUCCAAACCACCACCACCCAUAACCACCAGUCCAGAGAAAACGGCCUCUGUUUCUUCUUUGAGUUCCGCCAAUAAAAGGAACAGCAAAUCUUCGACCUUGAGUUCCACUAAAACCACUGGCACAGCCUCAACACAUCGCUUGAGUUCCAGUAGUUCCACCAAGUCCAUAAUUUCCACAGCAAAUCAUUCCACACCCUUGGCAAAGCCUAGGCCACAGACCCAAACCACGGCCAGAACAAAGAGAUAUGGUGUGGUUUUGAAUUCUCCUGAUGAUGGCAGCUCGCCGAGGAACUCUCUCAACAGUAAUAUGGGGGAUCAUGUUAGCGAGGCCCGGAAAUCCACAAGUUCAUAUAAAUCCACCACAUCCUCCACGAAUGGGGGUGGUAAAUGGCCCUCACCGGCUCCCCGGUCUCGUUACAGUGAUGGUGGUGGUGUUAUUUCCAAUGAGGGUGGUAGUUUGGCCACCCCUGGCGGCAAAUCAACGUCAUCACUGUCGUCAUUGUCCAAACAAAACAAUACAAUGCAUGCUGUUUCGAGCAAAACAAAACAAACCUCCUCCAACACACACAGUAACAGCGGCAGCAGCGCCGCCAGCAGUGCAAAGGCAGCGACAUCGAAUGAUAACAACAAUAGCAACCACCCAACCACCCCACUCUCUGCAAAUUCUUCGUCUCACAACAAUUGCAAUGAGUACGACGACGAUGAUGAUUCAGAAAUAAGUCGCAUGCAGACGAACACCUCGACUCCGAUUAAAAUGAUGAAGUCACGCUCUCGCACGAACAUCUUGUCUGUGCCGCCAGCCUCAAGUAGUACACAGCAAAGCUCUGAGCAAAAUCUAAUCAAUGUCGCCAAAAUAAAAGCUUCCAAUACAACAACAACGAAUAUUGUUUUACAGCAGGGAGAGGCAUUGGAUAAGGCCGCCACAUCGUCGUCGUCUUCGCCCAAAAAUUCAGCAGCUAAUAAAAAUUCGAAAAAAUCCCCUACGGAUACCACGGGAACUUCGUUAAAUCGCAAAUUUGGUGGCUCCCAGGCAUGUAAUUUGAAUCGUGAUCCCGGCUCCACAAAAAAUGUUAAGUCUGGCAACACCAUAUUAACCUCAGCCUUUCCACCAAAGAAUCUCUUCCUGCUAAAAUCUACACCAAAAUUGAGUAACAACAGCACGUCCAUGUCUUCAUCGGCAGACAGUUCAUUGACCUCACCACCGAAUAAUACAAAUUCCUCCUCCUCCAAUAACAACAACGCCAAAAAUUAUCCACCCCAUCCCCAUCAAAUAACCUCACCGGCCAAGAAGUCUUUAUCCUUCAUAAGGAGGGCCCAUUCCACAAAACUCUCACGCAGUAAUUCGCUCCUAAAAUCCAUUGCCUCUCAGCACCAGACACAAAUGCAAACCGGUGCCGGAAAUAAUGCUGGCAACUUUUGUUCCGGCAGCUGGGGAAAAGAUUUCUAUUUGCAAUAUGAUGUCUGCCCUCUGGCCUUGGAUGAAUUGGAUACAUAUUUCCGGGCGGAAAAUUGUCCGGAAUUGAUAAGGGAACGUUUUAAAAUUUUGGAUGUUGAUUUGGCACCAGCGGAGGGGAAUUGUUCGGGUACCGAGACUUUGGUACAGGAAAAUAGCACUUUGUCAUCGGCUGGUGGUGAAACAUUGAGGCAUAUUGAUAGUAGUAUUGGUAGCAGUCCAUGUUCGGAUAAGGAACAACAGCGUAGUCCAGGUGGCAACUCAGCGGCAGGAGUGACAGUUGGCGGAACGGGAGCUGAAGGUGAUGAUGAGGAUGAAGAUGAUGAUGCAGGACAUCAUUCAGAUACUUCAUAUGAAAAAGCAUGCAGGCGUGGCUCAGCACCAGCGACACCCAUAUUGGGUCAAAAACAAAAUCAACAGGAAAACAAUACCACAUCAAGAUUUACGAAUUUCUUUUCUAAAAGAACGAAUGCUUUGAAACGUACAAAGUCUGUUACCAAAUUAGAACGCACUAAACGAGGUUCGGGAGGCUUACGCGGCUCUCGUUCACACGAAAGUUUAUUAUCCAGUCAUGCAGUAAUGUCAACCAUAGAUCUCUCUUGCACCGGUGCUGUGGGUGUAGCACCCGUCCACCAAUCGGUAUUGGGUCGCCGUUAUUGUUUCCAAGUACGUGGUGGACCACGCGGUGAACGUUAUUACUCCUGUGGCUCACGUCAGGAACGUGAUUUAUGGAUCUACUCCCUACGCAAAUCGAUUGCACCAAAUGCUGAACACACCCGCCACACCGAUAACUCCCUAAAAAUGUGGAUAUACGAGGCCAAAAAUCUACCACCAAAGAAAAAAUACUUUUGCGAACUGCAUCUGGAUAAGACGCUGUAUGGUCGUACCAGUGUAAAGCUACAAACUGAUUUGCUGUUCUGGGGCGAAUAUUUCGAUUUUCCCGAUAUACCUGAUAUCAAUGUGAUUACGGUGAAUGUAUUCCGCGAAGUGGAAAAGAAAAAGAAACGUGACAAACAUAUGUUUGUGGGUUCGGUGAAGAUACCCAUCCAUGAGGUGACAACACGUCUCUUCUCCGAAGAUUGGUAUCCGAUAUUGAGUGAGAAAAACGAUAGCCUCAAUCGUAAUGGCAAGGAAGUGAUACCCACAUUGCGGAUUAAAUGUCGUUUCCAAAGUAUUGAUAUAUUGCCCAUCAAUGUGUAUGCGGAUUUCUUGACCUAUUUGAAGGAGAACUAUAAGAAGGUGUGUGAAACCCUGGAACCGGUGAUUGGUGUUAAAGCCAAAGAAGAUAUUGGCCAAUCAUUGGUAUUGUUGAUGCAUGCCCAGGGUUUGGCGGGAGCCUUUCUCACUGAUGUUGUUGCUUUGGAUUUGUUGCGUGUCGGUGAUCAACGUUUGACCUUCCGCGGCAAUUCUUUGGCCACCAAGAGUAUGGAGGCUUUCUUGAAACUGACUGGCGAACAAUAUUUGCAAGACACUUUGGCUGGGCCCAUUAAUGAAAUCAUACAAUCGGAUCGUGAUUGUGAAGUGGAUCCCACCAAAGCGACUGGUUCGCUGCAAAGACAACAGGCCUCAUUGAGGGCUGCCGUGCGCAAUGCCUGGCAAUGUAUCUAUGAGUCACACAAGAAUUUCCCCACACAGUUGCGUAACUGUUUUGCCACAUUCCGUGAACGAUUGGAGCAAUUGGGUCGGCAAGAUAUGGCUGAUAAUUUGAUAUCGGCAUCCAUCUUUUUGAGGUUCUUGUGUCCGGCCAUAUUGUCGCCCAGUCUGUUCAAUAUUACCAAUGAAUUACCGUCAUCCCGAGCCACCCGUAACCUUACCUUGGUCGCCAAGACUCUGCAAACCUUGGCCAAUUUCACCCGUUUCCAGGGUAAAGAGAACUUCAUGGAAUUCCUCAAUGAUUUCCUGGAGCAAGAGGCUCCCAAAAUGAAAGAAUUCCUCCAGAAUAUUUCCACCCGCCCUGAACACACAACUCCUGAGUCCAUCUUGGAUUGGGCCGGUUACAUUGAUCAAGGCAAACAAUUGUCCAUACUCCAUAUGCUGUUGAGUGAAAGUGUUUCCAAAUUGCCCGAGGCCCGUCAACAUGACCUGGACCCCUUGCAGCAUAUUUUGGAUGAAAUAACCAAAGCCAAAGAAAGCAACAACUAUAUGCAACACAUGCCCUGCAACAACAUGAUGAUGAUGUCAACCUCGUCGACAAGUGAAAAUCAAGAGAAUCGCAACCCAGAUGAAAUGAUGACCUCACAGAGUUCAGCUCAAAGUGGUGUGGUCCAACAGCAGGCCCAACUGGCCCAGCCUCAGCAUGCUGUGGUCACCAAACCCAUACCAGCUGAAAGGGGCAUUAUGCGCGGUGUGCUCACUCCCAGCUCUUUGGAAAAGAACAUUUUCCGUUACAAUGAUCCCACAGUCAAUGGUUUACUGCAACAGCAACAACAACAACAGCAGCAGCAACAACAUGCCAAUUUGGAUAAACGCCACUCUAAUUCGCAGACCUCCAUUGCUGGUCUGGCCUAUACGGGUGGCAUGCAACAUGCCCAAAGUCAAACUUCAAUUGCCUCCUCGUCCCAGCUAAUGAUGGCCGGUGGAGUGAAUCACCACUGUCCUCCCGCACCCAAUGCCAGUGCUACAAAUACCAUGGAUCGUUUGUAUUACACAGCGACCAGUUCCAAUGGCAACCUUUCCACUGCCAGCCACAAUGGCAAUGACAGCGAAGUUAGUUCAGCUGGUGGCCAAGUGCGGGCCACCACCCUACCAAGAGGCAAUAACAACUACGACGAGUCCACCGGAGAUUUUAUACAAAUUUCCGGUUUGGACACGAACAGUGCUUUUGUACGCAAAUCACCCACUCCUCUGCUGAAAAAUCAAGCCAAUCAGGCCGGUGGUGUAGUCAGCAGUGCUGUCAGCAUGUUGAAUGCUUCCCAGCAGCAGAAACUACAACAAAGGAAUUUAAAUAAUUCCUCACUGAGUCUAACGCUCAGCGAUCGUACUCCAAGCAAAUUGAAUUUGGGCAUUCCCGAUCACUCCAGUUCACCGCUAUCCCAUAAAAUCUCUGCCGCCUAUCCUGCUUCGUCGCGUACACGAGAUUCAAAUCCCAAUUCAAACAUGCCCAUGAAUUUGGAGGAUUUAGAUGAUCUCUUUAAGUAUGCCGAGGAGCAUGCAGUGGUGGGUGAGGUACAACCAGCCUCCUCCUCCUCCUCAUCUGGCAAAAAUAACAAGGAACAGCUAUCGGGUAAAACCAGCCACGGUUCUAGUUCAGGAUACCAAAGUAUUACCACACAAAGUCGUGAGGACAACAACACAAAUCAAAGUCAUCAACAAAAAUCUGGCAUGGCAGCUCCAUUGGCAUUUAAGAAUCCCAGUUAUCAAUUGCAACAGAAUUCAUCAACGGCAUCAUCACAGGGCGGAGGCCACCAUCAUCAUCACCACCAUCACCAAAGAUCCAACGGCGGCUCGAAUAACUACAAUUCGGGUUUGAGUGCCCAUCAACAGUUGUUCGGUGGCAACAAUAACAGUAGUGGUAGGACCAAAUCGAAUGCUGGUGGUUUGGUGGCAGCUAGGGCCGCAUUACUAAAUGGUGCCGCCCCACUAACACCCUCUUCCAGUGAGGAACGCUUGUCCACAGAUAAUUAUCACAAUUAUGCUCCGGUAAAUAAGCUGUUGAAAUCUCCAUCACAUGGCCACUUGGAUGCCCAGCGUACCUUGAGUGGUGGCAGUACAUCAUCAGCAUCUAGUUCAAAUAUGCCCGGUUACAACAAUGUGUCACAAUCACAGCAACAACAACAACGUAUGCCCAGAACAAAUCCACAAUUUAAAAGGGAGGAUAUUUAUGCCCCAUUGAACAAUGGCGGUGGUGGUAGCAGCAGUUAUAUGACCUCAUCAUCGGCUUCGUCGGGUGGCAGCAGUGGUGUCGUGCAUCCCGGUACAGUGGCAAUUUACAACAAUUCCCAAAGGCAGCAGCAACAACAGCAGGGGGGUUCAAACAAUUGUGGAGCUUUGGUUUUGGCCAGCAAUGGCCGCUAUCAAAGGCGUUUGAGUUUAGAUUCGGCCAGGACCCUAUCGGAUAGUUCAACAGAUACAGAGGGUAAGAGUGGAGAGAAAGAACAUAAUAAAGUAAUAGUUAAUAAAAUGUUUUUUAUAGGUCAAUAUCCUCCCCACGAGGGCAACAAGCGUCGCCGCCAACCCCGCAAUCAUGUCAACAACAUUUCAAAUGGCCUCCAGUCCUCGAAUUUGAAUGAUCAAAAUGGUGAAAUCCAAUUGUUGCAAGAAACUUUGGAUACUUUAAGGCACACCUUGGAUCGUGAUGAGGCUGAGUUGCGUGAUUCCAGCGAUGAAUUGUUUGCCUUGCAACGUUGCAAUGGUUUCAAUGGUUGUGGACCAAACGGUGUGGCCAGCCUGACGGCUAACAAUUUGAGCUUGCAAUCGGAAUCGACAAUGAGGAGUAUUAUUGAUAGAUUAAUAACCAUGGAGGAGGAAUUACGACGUGAGCAAUUGAAAAUGUCGCUGGCAUUGUCACACAAGCAGCGGGUAAUUGAGGAACAACAGGGUCAAAUUGCUGCCUUGGAUGCAGCCAAUAGCCGUUUGCUGAGCGCCUUGACUGUGCUAAGGCAACGCUAUGAGACACAACAUCAACAGCAAAAUCAAACGCAGCAAUAAGUUUAGCAAUUAACUAAAA